UAUGCAGAACCUUCCUGACCCUGCGAGCCCAGCUCUGUGGGAAUCCUGCCUGGGGCUGCCAGAGCCACGGCCCAUUUUGAUCAGAGCAUCUCCUUCACUUUCUUAUUCUCCCAUCCUGAUUCUUGCCAUCAGAAACAGGAUGCUGUCCUUUCCCCGCGUGGUGGCCUGCUCAAGGACCUGUUCCCGCUUCCUGGGGCUGAGCCUGGGGACCGCAUCCCUGUGCUCUGCUGGUGCCAACACUGCACUCCUCUUUCCUAACUGGGAUGGGACCUACCUGAUGAGGGGCCUCAUUGGCAAGCAUGCCAUGCUGGGCGCUGGGCUCUGGGGAGGAGGCCUCAUGGUACUCCUGGCAGCAACUCUCAUCUCCAUGACCAGACGCUUCAGCAAGAGUGCACCCUGCCUGCAGGUGUUCGUUGGUCUAUUGUCAGGUGGCCUGGCUCUGAUUGGGGCUAUGAUUUGCUUUCUCACUUCCGGAGUAGCCUUGAAAGAUGGUCCCUUUUGCAUGUUUGACGUUUCAUCCUCCAAUCAGACACAAGCUUGGAAAUUCGGCUAUCCCUUUAAAGAUCUGCACAACAGGAAUUAUUUGUAUGACCAUUCGCUCUGGACCUCCAUCUGCCUGGAGCCCUCUAAGGCUGUGGUUUGGCACGUAGCCUUCUUCUCCGUCCUCCUGUGUAUCAGCCUCCUCCAGCUUCUCCUGGUGGCCAUCCAUCUUGUCAAUAGCAUCCUUAGCCUGUUCUGCAGCUUCUGUGAGAAGCGCUAGGGAAAGAAGGAACCUUUGACCUAUAAAACAUCUUACAAGCAUCCUUCAACAGGAGAAGAGAAAAACCCUUCAUUUAUAUUCAAG